AUGAAUUUGCUAAUAUUAUCCUAUUUAGGUUAUGUGAUCUUGGCCUUGAUAGCCUAUCUCGUGAUUGCACCAAUUCCAAAGCUCUUGUACUACAAGAUUAAGUAUGGCUCAGCAGUUGAUAUUUAUUAUUUCCCAUUCAUUGGGUUAAUAGGACAAAUCCUAAUAGAUUUGGUAUUUAGAUAAGAUGUGUUCUAUUCCUAAAAAAGAUAUGUGCUAAAGAACAACAAGCUCAAAUUACACAUCUCUAAUGAUUUGAAAGGCGGAGUUCACUUCACCUUGGUUGAUCCAAAACUUAAGAAGUAAGUAUUUUUUGAUCAAGAAUCUUAUAAGAAAAUGGAAGGCAUGCUAUUUGCGGACACAUUUGCAGAUUAAGGGUUGCUUUUCUAAAAUGGCAAGAGUUGGCAUAAAUCAAGACAGAUGCUAACUAAGCAUUUCACUUCUUAAGAUCUAUUAGUAAUGGUGGAGACAUUAAAAUAAGAAUGCAAGAAACUUAAGUUACAAGAUGGUCCAAUUGAUAUUUUAGAUUUAUUGAAAUAGUUGACAAGCACAACUAUUACAAAAGCAUUUUUUGGAAGCGAAAAUACUGAUAUCGCAGAUUUGGGUGUUGAGGUUAACAAGAAUAUGGAAAAGAUGAUGUUGUUCUUUUUGAAUCCAUUAAUUGUAUUGAGAUGUUUUGCUUUGAAACUAAAUAAGAGUACAACUCCAUCAUUUUUAUUAUCAUCUGGAGAAAAAGCAUUCCUUAAAGUACUGUAAGCUUAAAAAUAAAGAAUCAUAUCUGAAAUAGAAUAGGGAAUAAAUAAAAUCAAAGAGAAUUAAACAUUAUAAGAUAAUGUAUUAACUACUAUGUGUAAAGAAAUUAUAAAUAAUAACAUCACAAAAGAAGAAGCCGUUCAUUAAUAUUUCACCCUUCUAAUUGCUGGCAUAGACUCAACUAGUCACAUUGUUAAAAACUUUUGCUAUGCUUUAGGUCUCUAUCCAGAAGUACAGGAGAGACUCAGAAAGGAAAUUCACAGCUAUAUUCAAUAAUUCGAUGAUCUGAAACCACAACAAUUAAGUCAAUUCAAAUUAUUAGAUAACUUUAUUAAUGAGGCUUAUCGACAAUAUACAGCAGCACCUGCUUUGUUUAAUAGAAUUGCUCUUAAAGAUAUUUAAUUAGGAGAAUUCACUAUCUAAAAAGGAUAGAGCUUGGAUUUAAAUUUGAUGAUGAGUCAAUUUGACCCAUCUAUUUUUGAAAACCCACUUAAGUUUGAUAUUGAUAGAUGGAACUCUCCAAUUUUAGAUCCAUAUUCAUUUACUCCAUUUUCAGCUGGCCCUAGAAACUGUAUUGGAUAACACUUAGCAACUUUGGAGAUAAAGACUUUGCUUGUUUUUCUGAUUAUGAAUUUUAAUCUAGAAUUAAAUAAUGGUAAGAUUUAAUUAGGAUUGGCAAAUAUGUAUGGUCCAACACGCAGAGAUUUCUUAGUAUUGAAAAAUAUUAAUAAAUAAUUAUGAGUUCAAAUCCUUAUUUUUUGAUUCUUCAUCAUUAAUAUGAGCAGGCUCUCUAAUUGUUGGCUAGUGAUGAUUACGAGACACUUGUAACCAAGUCCAUAGCCUUAUAUCAUCUUGGCAAAUAUGAUGAUGCAUUGUCCGCAUUAGACAAAGCAAUCUAACUAAGUUCAGACAGAUUUGAAGCCUAUUAUAGAAAAGGUAUCGUAUAGAAAUAUAUUCAGGAUUGAUCAACUUCAUAAGUGGAAAGAUCUAAUAGGCAUAGUUAGAUUUAUAAAAAAGUCUUUAAUUCAAUCCAUAACAUAAGGAAACCUAAUAACAACUUUUGAAAUGCGAACUAGAAUUCAAGAAUAUUAAACUUGUCUAAACAGCCCAAGAAAAGUAAAGAAAUAUAUAAUUUCUAGAAUAAUCUAGUAAAAUAAAGAAGUCCCUCAAAAUUCUGAGGCUCAGAGGACGGAUAUUUAUUCGGCAUCAGGCAAAUUGAUGUAUAAAUGGUAUCAAACAGAUCUUAAAGUUGGUAUAGAAAUACAUCAUGCAUUACCAAAUAGUGCAGACUUAAAAUAUUAGUUUGAAAAAUAAAGGUAUUCAAAUUAGAAAUUUCUAGAUUGCAAUUAUCAUUUCCUAUUGAAAAAGGAAAUAACUUUGAACUUGAUCUAGAUUUAUUUGCUGAAAUUAUUCCAGAAACCAGCAAGGCCAAGGUGGGAUUGAAUUCAAUUGAAAUCAUUAUGGACAAAAAGGAUAAAACUUUGAAUUGGAGUACAUUGCAGAGAAAGGCUGAAGAGCAAUAAUAAAUCCCAAUCAUGGAAUAGGCAGCAUACCCUACUUCAUCAAAAAAAAAGAAGGAUUGGAGUAAAAUUGACAAGGAGAUUGAAGAGGACAUCAAUAAACAUAAGGAAGAAUAUGGAGAAGAUCCUUUGAAUAGUUUGUUUAAAUAAAUUUAUUAAAAUGGGGAUGAGAAUACCAGAAGAGCAAUGAUAAAAUCAAUGCAAACUUCAGGAGGAACAGUAUUGUAAUAAAUUGAAUUGAUUAUUGUAUAGGUCAACUAAUUGGGAUGAAGUGAAAGCUAAAGAUUAUGAAAGGAAGGAUAGACCAUCACCACCAAAGGGAUAAGAAUAUAAAAAGUUAGGAUGAGUUAUUAUUAAUAAACAAUAAAUUUAAUA